AUGCCACCGAAUGCCACCGAGUGCCGUCGGGGGAUGCGUCCGAGUGCCGGCGUAGCGAGGCGAGCGGCGAUCCCGCGCGAUUCUGGAAUCAGCAGUCGCAUCGAUCCCGGAGAUGCAGAAGUCGAUAUUAGACGCGUUUAUGCCGCCUCAUCUAUGAUCGAACCUACGUACGACAUCGAAUGGAUAAGAUCGGACUUGGCAGAUGUAGAGAUUUCUAAAUUCGUGAGCGGCAUCGCGGGCAGCAAGUCAACGGCGUCGCGCAAUAAUCCACGAAGAUGUUACAGAACGUCGACGAGCUCCGGUUACUCGAGCCAUUCGCCGCCACUGUCGGCCGGCUCGUACUCCUAUUACACGUCGGCAUCAACGAGGGAUCCAUCGUACGGUAGCCUAGCGGUGAUUCACGAGAGUGAAGCGAUACCACGGCCCAUUUGGCCUUCCGUCAUCUAUCAUCAUACCGAGGAUCACAGUGCAGGCGAUUACGAAGGUAUUUAUACGUGUCGCGUAUGCGAUUGCACGUAUAAUUAUUCGCCACCGCAGCCGCAGCUAACAUCAUCACCAUCGAGAACGUGUGAGGUGCUGCUCGAAUUAUCCCGAACUCUCAAUUCUGUGAUAGAUGGCAACGUCACAACGCCACCGGAGGAUAUCUUGCGCGAUAUAUCGCGUAUUGUUUCCUUUGAGAUUGGUAUGAGGAACAACAACGUGUACGAGUACGUUUGCCCAUCCUGGGCGUUCAAUGAUAAGAAUCCAACGGUAUCGUCGAGCUGCGUGAAGAACGUACCAUCGAAAGUGAAUCCAAUCAACUCGAAACUCUGUGUCAGCCCUCGUUGCCUGUACGAGUACAACGCGCGAUCCGUGCCAUCGUUGCUCAAGAACGACAAGGCGAUGAGACGCGAAGACGACAACGAAACGAGAAACGACUCCGCGAGGAAGAAAGCUUGCGAAACCGAGUCCAAGUAUUCAACGUUAAUAUGCAGCGACGUCAGGUCAUCCACCGAAGGAACAAUUGCCUCGUUGAGCGCGAACGACUGGAAUCGUCGCUUAGCUGUUCGAGGCCUGGGCGAGGAUUUUGACUUCACGCUCGACGUGACGCAAACCGAGCGUUUAGGCCGGACGAUUGCGAGAGCGAAACGGAAGCGGCAAUGGUGCAGAGCUCUGACAACUCUCUUCGGUCUAGUUUUUUUCGUGUUGAGCGUCGUUGUCGUCUCGUUAUCUGUAACGAGGGGUCGCAAGGUGUUUGGGAGCAUGUAA